AUGGAUGGGAAGAAAUUGUCGUUUUUCAAACAUUUCCGGAAAUUAGCAGCACAUGUGGACCGUGGCAAAAACCUUUGCACAAAUGGAGAAUUAGAUUACCAGAGUCAAACAACUUGUAUAAAUGCACUGAAAAAAUAUGCAGAAGAGUUACAAGAACAGUUGGUUGAUGCCAAACAAAUUUAUGAAGAGCAAGAGGUUUCAUUUGUAAAGUUUCAAAGUUUUCUGGAUUUGGCUGAAGACGUAAUUGAUCAACAAAAUGCAAUUGUACAAUCCCAAGAAACAUUCAUGGAACAAUACGGUUAUGUUCCAUAUGAAAAAUCUAAUUCCGAGAUAAAACAAACAGAUGAUGGAACACAAGAUCUUGAAACUACCACAUCCACAAUUGAAAAAAAUGUUUCUCCUGAAAAGAUGUCGAAAGAAGUUUGUGCUGAUGGAGAAUCUCCAGAAACUCCCAAAUUAGAAGAUUUUGGAUUGAGUCAUUACACAAUGCUUCAGUUGCAGAAACCUAAGAUGUAUUUGAAUCGGCCUGUAACAGAAUGCAUUGCUACACCAACUGUUUUUCAACACGAUGGUCUCCUGAUGUCACCAAGUGUCUGGGGUAAAAUGCCACCCCUCUACACCCCAGAUGUGAAAAAUACAACACAGGAGACAGUUGGCUGGCCAGAAUUUGUUGCUUCUUCUGCUAAGAAGAGUGCUUUUCCAUUUAAUAUUUCAAAGAGGAUCUGGUCAGCGUUUAGCAAACCUAAAGAUUAUUUCACAGAAGAAGUACCUUUGCCUCCAAGAUUGAAUUUAAAGAUUCAGCUUCGCUCGUCUCCUUCAUCUAUCAACGAUAAACCCAAGACUCAGUUGGAAGCACCAUUGACAUCUCGUUAUGUGAAAAGCAACCUAGACACGCCAUCACCCCCUGUUCUUCGUACCACCUUAUCCAAGUUUGACACCCAGCUUUCUCCAGAUAUUAUUCCUGAACCCGUUUUGAGCUGCAAAUCCCAAAAAAAAGACAAGUUAAGUUAUUUUGAAAAGGAUAUUCCCGAACCCCCGGAAGUUACAGGCAUAUACCGUUAUUCAACGAGGAACAAGGAAAACCGUCUAGCCAAAACAAAGCUCUUUUAA